GGCCACUUGGAGCAGCUCUGCCGCGGGGACUGCACUGUCCGCCCUGCCAGACCCGCCCCGACUGGGGUUCGCCGUCACCAGCAGUCACAGCACUGCGACCUCGGGCCCUACGUCGGCUAUGGCUGCGUCCUGGGACUAAGUCCGCAGGUUGUGUGACUGAGAUUGCCAAAGAGAGAGAGACUGAUAGAAGAAGAGAAGAAGGAGGGGCGGGCUCCUGGCAAGGCGUUCGCUCCUGAACAGAGUCCUGCAAAGAUGGAGAAGGAGGAGGAGACAACUCGGGAGCUGCUGCUGCCUAACUGGCAGGGCAGCGGCUCCCAUGGACUGACCAUUGCCCAGAGGGAUGAUGGAGUCUUUGUUCAGGAAGUGAUGCAGAACUCCCCUGCGGCCCGCACUGGGGUGGUCAAAGAGGGGGACCAGAUUGUGGGUGCCACCAUCUACUUUGACAACCUGCAGUCUGGUGAGGUGACCCAGCUACUGAACACCAUGGGGCACCACACUGUUGGCUUGAAGUUGCACCGAAAGGGGGACCGUUCCCCUGAGCCUGGACAGACCUGGACCCAUGAAGUCUUCAGCUCCCGUAGCUCCGAGGUGGUUCUGAGCGGGGGUGAUGAGGAGUACCAGCGCAUCUACACCACAAAGAUCAAGCCACGACUGAAGUCGGAGGAUGGAGUAGAAGGGGACCUUGGGGAGACCCAGAGCCGUACCAUCACGGUGACCAGAAGGGUCACAGCCUACACUGUGGAUGUGACUGGUCGGGAAGGAGUGAAGGACAUCGACAUCAGCAGCCCUGAGUUCAUGAUCAAGAUACCAAAGCAUGAAGUGACUGAAAUCUCCAACACAGAUGUAGAAAUCCAGUCUGGAAAGACGGUGAUCAGACUGCCCUCAGGAUCGGGGGCAGUUUCUCCAACCCCUGGCUCUGCCAUGGAUAUCCGGGCAGGUGCCAUUUCUGCUUCAGGACCGGAGCUCGAAGGUGCUGGCCAAUCAAAAUUCCAGGUCACCGUACCUGGGAUAAAGGUGGGAAGUCCCGGCGUCAAUGUCAGUGCAAAAGGCUUGGACUUGGGUGGCAAAGGAGGGAUCCAAGUUCCAGGAGUAGAUGUUUCGUCUUCUCUUGGGGCUGGCUCAGUAGAGGUACAGGGUCCUUCCCUCCAGAGUGGUGAUACUGGGAAAAUUAAAAUUCCAACCAUGAAGAUGCCAAAAUUUGGUGUCUCAGCAGGCCCGGAGGGCCAGAUACCAGAGGCAGGGCUGAGUGUUUCUGCACCUGAAUUCUCUGUGGGGCAUAAAGGUGACAAGUCAGGUUUGACCAUCAGUGGGGACAUUCAGGCCCCUCACUUGGAAGUCAGUGCCCCCUCUGUCAAUAUUGAGGGCCUUGGGGGGAAGCUGAAGGGUCCCCAAAUCACUGGGCCAUCACUCGAAAGUGACUUAGGUCUGAAAGGUACCAAGCUGCAGGGGAACAUAGGAAUGGAUGCCUCUGCUUCCAAAAUUGAGGGCAGCAUCACUGGUCCCAGUGUGGAAGUUGGAACCCCUGAUGUCGAUGUUCCUGGGCUAGGAGGCAAACUGAAUUUGCCCAAGAUGAAAGUCCCUAAAUUCUCGGCAUCAGGUUCAAAGGGAGAGGGAGUUGGCAUUGAUGUGACAGUGCCCACCGGUGAAGUGACCCUUCCUGGGGUCUCUGGGGAUGUUAGUCAGCCUGCGAUUGCUACUGGUGGGCUAGAAGGGAAGAUGAAGGGUGCUAAAGUCAAGACACCUGAGAUGAUUGUUCAGAAACCUAAAAUCUCCAUGCAGGAUGUGGAUCUGAGUCUUGGGUCUUCUAAACUGAAAGGCGAUAUGAAGGUGUCUGCUCCUGAGGUCAAAGGUGAUGUUAAAGGCCCUCAUGUGGCAGUCAAAGGCCCCAAAGUGGACAUAGAGACACCAAACUUAGAGGGGACCUUGACAGGUCCCAAACUCAGCAGCCCUUCUGGAAAAAUAGGGGCCUGUAGGAUAUCAAUGGCAGAUGUAGACCUAAAUGUAGCUGCACCUAAAGGGAAAGGAGGUGUAGAUGUUGUGCUACCCAAAGUAGAAGGGAAAAUCAAAGUCCCUGAACUUGAUGUCCAAGGCCCCAAAAUGGAUAUUAGUGCCCCAGAUGUGGAAGUGCAUGGGCCAGAAUGGAACUUGAAAAUGCCCAAGAUGAAGAUGCCCAAGUUCAGUGUCCCAGGGGUCAAAGGAGAAGGCCCAGAUGUAGAUGUGGCUCUACCCAAAGGAGACAUCAGUAUUUCAGGGUCUAAGGUCAACAUAGAAACCCCAAGUGCCAACAUGGAAAGUCUAGGGGGCAAACUUAAAGGUCCUGAUAUUCAUCUGCCUGAAGUGAGUGUCAAGACUCCAAAGGUUUCGAUACCUGAUGUCGAUCUGCACAUCAAAGGCGCAAAGGUGAAGGGAGAGUGUGAUGUCACAACACCAAAGCUUGAGGGAGACCUGAAAGGCCUCCAAGUGGACACUGCUGCCCCAGAAGUGAAUGUUCAUGGCCCAGACCUGAAGAUACCCAAGAUGAAGAUGCCCAAAUUCAGUGUGCCAGGGUUCAAAGCAGAGGGCCCAGAAGUGGAUGUGAACCUGCCCAAGGCUGACAUUGAUGUCUCAGGACCCAAGGUGGACAUUGAUGUUCCAGAUGUGAAUAUUGAAGGACCUGAUGCAAAACUGAAGGGUCCUAAAUUCAAGAUGCCUGAGAUUGGCAUCAAGGCUCCUAAAAUCUCUAUGCCCGAUGUGGAUCUUGAGUUAAAAGGACCCAAGGUAAAAGGAGACUUUGAUGUGUCCGUUCCCAAGAUUGAAGGUAGUCUCAAAGGACCCGAAGUAGACCUGAAAGGUCCAGGUCUAGAUUUUGAAGGCCCUGAUGCUAAACUUAGUGGCCCUAAGUUGAAGAUGCCAUCACUGGAUAUAUCUGCUCCUAAAGUAACUGGGCCUGAUGUUAAUGUGCACCUCAAGACACCAAAAAUUGGUGUUUCUGGGCCUAAGUUAGGAGGUGGUGAAGUGGACCUUAAGGGACCCAAAGUUGAUUUAGAAACUCCAAGUUUAGAUGUCCGCAUGGAGAGCCCAGAUAUUAAUAUCGAGGGCCCAGAUGUUAAAGUUCCAAAGUUUAAGAAACCCAAGUUUGGAUUUGGUGCAAAAAGCGCUAAAGCUGACAUCAAGACACCCUCAGUUGAUGUGACUGUCCCUGAAGCAGAGCUGAGUGUUGAAAGCCCUGAUGUAAGCCUUGGUGGAAAGGGCAAGAAAAGCAAAUUUAAAAUGCCUAAAAUUCACAUGAGUGGUCCUAAAGUUAAAGCCAAAAAGCAGGGAUUUGAUCUGAACGUUCCCGGAGGUGAGAUUGAUGCCAGUCUGAAGGCUCCUGAUGUGGACAUCGGUGUUGCAGGGCCUGAUGCUGCAGUCAGAGUUGAUGUAAAGUCUCCGAAAGCCAAGAAAACCAUGUUUGGAAAAAUGUACUUCCCAGAUGUAGAAUUUGACAUCAAGUCACCUAAAUUUAAAGCAGAGGCUUCCCUACCUAGCCCUAAGUUGGAGGGUGACAUCAAGGUACCGGAUCUGGAUGUUUCUUCACCAGGGGUUAAUGUGGAAGCUCCUGACGUCCAUGUGAAGACUCCCAAGUUCAAGAUGCCAGGUGUGGAUGUCUCAGGGCCAAAGUUAGAGGGCAACUUGAAAGGUCCUAAGGUGCAGGCAAACUUGGACACACCUAACAUCAACAUCGGAGGCCCUGAUGCCAAAAUCAAAGCACCCUCAUUCAGUGUGUCUGCUCCUCAAGUCUCUAUACCUGAUGUGAAUGUUAAACUGACAGGGCCAAAGAUAAAGGGUGAUGUCCCCAGUGUGGGUCUGGAAGGACCUGAUGUUGAUUUGCAAGGUCCAGAAGGAAAAAUCAAGUUCCCCAAGUUUUCACUGCCCAAGAUCAGUGCCCCUGGUCUUGAAGGAAGCUUGAGCACAUCAGAUGUUAAGUUUGAAGGGCCUGAUAUAUCUCUUAAAGGCCCAGGAGUGGACUUGUCUUCGGUGGACCUCUCUGUGCCAAAAAUUUCUGGGCCUGAUCUUGACCUGAACUUGAAAGGACCAAGUCUGAAGGGAGACCUGGAUGCAUCCAGUCCCAGCAUGAAGUUGCACGCCCCAGGUCUUGACCUCAAAGGUGUUGGUGGAAAAGUACAGAUAGGAGGAGAUGGUGUGAAAAUCCCAGGGAUUGAUGCCACAACAGCACUUAAUGUGGGGGCACCAGAUGUGACACUGAAGGGACCAAGCCUACAGGGAGAUCUGACCAUGUCUGGGGACAUCAAGUGCCCUAAAAUAUCUGUGGGUGCUCCGGAUCUCAGCUUGGAGGCCUCAGAAGGUAGCGUCAAAUUUCCUCACAUGAAGCUGCCUCAGUUUGGCAUCUCUGCUCCAGGGUCUGACUUGGACAUUAACAUCAAGGGGCCACAAGUUUGUGGAGAACUGAAGGAGCCAGGGAUGGACGUGAACCUGAAGGGGCCCCAGAUCUCAGCACCAAGCAUGGACUUUAACUUGGAAGGACCAAAAGUGAAGGGGAGCCUUGGGGCCACUGGAGAAUUGAAAGGCCCAGCAGUUGGGGGAAGCCUUCCAGGCAUCAGUGUUCAGGGCCUAGAAGGAAAUCUCCAAAUGCCUGGAAUUAAGGCUUCUGGGUGUGAUGUGCAACUCCCAACGGGGCAGCUUUCUGGUCCUGAAAUUAAAGGAGAUCUGAAAGGUCCAGGAAUAGGUCUCCAUGGGGCUGCCCCUGAUAUCAGUGUCAAGGGGCCUUCCUUUAACAUGGCAUCUUCAGAGUCAGAUUUUGGUGUCAGCUUGAAGGGCCCCAAAGUCAAAGGAGGUGUAGAUGUUUCAGGGGGUGUCAGUGUCCCAGAUAUCAACCUGGGUGAAGGGCAUAUGAGUGUCAAAGACUCCGGGGUUGAGUGGAAGGGACCCCAAGUCUCCUCCUCUCUAAACCUGGAUACAUCUAAACUUGCUGGGAACCUUCAUUUCUCAGGACCAAAGAUAGAAGGAGGUGUAAAAGGAGGCCAGACAGGACUCCAGGGUCCCGGGCUGAGUGUAUCUGGGCCUCAAGGUCACUUGGAAAGUGGAUCUGGAAAAGUAACAUUCCCCAAGAUGAAGAUCCCCAAAUUUGCCUUCUCUGGCCGUGAGCUUGUUGGCAGAGAAGUAGGGGUGGAUGUCAACUUCCCUAAAGUAGAGGCCAAUGUGCAGGCUGGUGCAGGAGAAGACGAAUGGGAAGAGUCGGAAGUAAAACUUAAAAAAUCCAAAAUCAAAAUGCCCAAGUUUAAUUUUUCCAAACCUAAAGGGAAAGGUGGUGUCACCGGCUCACCAGAAGCAUCCAUUUCUGGGUCCAAAGGGGACCUGAAGAGCUCAAAGGCCAGCUUGGGCUCUCUGGAAGGAGAAGCAGAUGCUGAAGCAUCGUCACCAAAAGGCAAAUUCUCGCUGUUUAAAAGUAAGAAGCCAAGACACCGCUCCAACUCCUUCAGCGAUGAGAGGGAGUUCUCGGCGCCUUCCACCCCAACUGGGACUUUGGAGUAUGCAGGUGGAGAAGUUAAAAGCAAACAUGGGAAGCUGAAAUUUGGUACCUUCGGUGGGUUGGGGUCAAAGAGCAAAGGUCAUUAUGAGGUGACUGGGAGUGAUGAUGAGGCAGCUAAGUUACAGGGGAGUGGAGUGUCUUUGGCCUCAAAGAAGUCCCGGCUGUCUUCCUCUUCUAGCAAUGACAGUGGGACGAAGGUUGGCAUCCAGCUUCCUGAGGUAGAACUCUCAAUUUCCACAAAGAAAGAGUAGUGGGCCUUGUAUGUGUGUACAUAUAUAUAAAUACAUCAGCCUUGGGUGUGUUUGUAUAUAAACUCCAAAGAGAAACACCCCAACAGCCUCAGCAAUAAUGCAAAGACCUUGCCUCUCCCAGUGGCAAGUGCUGACAAACCAAGUGCCUCUAGGCUCCUGGGACUCUGCAGCUAGGUAAAGAGUUCUAAGUUCAUCUGGCCCAUGUGCAAAGUCAACAGUAUUUGCCUUAAGAUUUUAGUUUUUUUGGUUUAUUAUUAUUAUUUUUUUUUGCAUUGAACGCUGAGAGCUCGUGUUUACUAAGCAAGCUUUUGUGUUUAUCCUUAUUUUUACUGAACAUUGUUAGUACCUGGGUAAUGGAAACCCACUUUCUUUUCAUUGUAAUGACUUUGGGGGCUUUUGUGAGUAAGGGAAGGUGGGAUAAAAGGUGGCAGAGGGGGCCAGGUCGCCAUUGCUCUGAAGGUUGGAUAUGUACAAAUGGCAACACCCUGGCAUGGCUCAGAGGAGGUGGCAGCCAGGGGGUGGGUGUUUCUCAAUUCUGUAGCAUGACUUUUAAUCCCUAGGUGUGUUAGUCCCAGCCUAGUUUGGUGCUCAAGGUGAGAGGGGGAUUUAAAUCUGUUUGCAACUUGUCCAACCCACCAGGUCAGUGUGAGGGGCUUCCAUUCUGGGUUUGGUAAGAAAAGUGUUCAUUCGUGACUGCCGUGUUCUGAGAAAAGUUCUGAUUCCUUUUAACAAAUGUCAUCAUGAUUAAGGACAUGUCUGGCACUUUAAUGGGAAAUUAAUUGAGAAUGUAAGAAAGUUGAUGCUGUACAAGGCAAAUAAAACCAUUCAUUAACCCUGA